AUGGAUCCUUAUGUUCCGAAGUCUGAAGCUGUUUCUGUUAUGGAAAUUUUGUUAAUUUCAAUCUGUUUUCUGAUGUCAGGCAAGGGAGAUCUUGUAACAGGUGGAGAUCUGUAUGCUACUGUGUUUGAGAACAGUUUAGUGGAACAUCACAUUGCUCUACCUCCUGAUACCAUGGGAAAUAUAACAUAUGUUGCACCACCUGGUCAAUACUCAUUGAAGGACGCUGUCUUGGAGCUUGAAUUUCAAGGUGUCAAAAAGAAAUUUACCAUGCUUCAGACUUGGCCUGUACGUACACCUAGGCCUGUUGCAUCAAAGCUUGCUGCUGAUACUCCUCUUCUUACUGGAUAG